AUGGCUCUACCUUUUCCCGUGCCCGCAUCACUCGCGCCAGGCUUUGUGCUGUCACGAUGCACACCAGCCGACGUGCCACAAAUGGUGACGGCCUACAGCGCGGCCUUUCUCCAGACCAACUUCACGUACUGGUGGCCGGUCGACCUGGAGGUGAUGCGGCGCUGGACCGAGGCCCGAUUCCGCCUUCGGUUCCGUAACCCCUCGGACCAGCAUUUCAAGGUGGCCGACGUGGCGACGGGGCAGAUUGUGGCCUGGGCCCGGUGGACCGUGCCGGUGGAGAUGAAGGGACUAGCGGUGGGUUUCAGGACAUUCGACGACGACGACGACAACAACUUCUUGGACAACAAUAACGGCAGCGUGCAAGGGGUGACUCCCGAGCAGCAAUGGAUGCAGAACCCCCCAGCUGGGAGCGACGAGGAACUGUAUCAUGAAUUUUUUGCCGGGAUCAAAGCUAUGAGCAAAAAAUGGGAGUCGCAUACCAAAUUAGCACUACAGCUACUCUGUACCGAUCCCGCGUACCAUCGCCGGGGCUUGGCCGCGGCUCUGUUAGACUGCGUGCUGGAGGUAGCAGAUAGGCAAGGUAUCACGACCUACGUGGAGGCUUUGGAGAAUGCCGUGCCAGUCUACCAGCGAUACGGCUUCAAGACCGUCGACACACUUGGAUACGACCUGACGAGGACCGGGCGCGAGGAAACGGUGAGCAUUGAGAUCAUGCUACGGGAACCUCGGACGCUGGUCCAGUGA